ACUGCAGCUCUUGUUGUGAGAGACCUGUCCCGGUGGGAGGGACCAGGGCUGGGCCAGGGGGACGGAUGGGGGAACAAGGGGGUGAGGGGCUGGGGAAGCUUCUGGGAACGUUUGCCCUAGGGAUUGAAUUAAACUAAGAAAAACUGGUCCAAAGCCGGGCACAAAAGGAUCUUUUCAUCCCAGUCCUUUCGCCCACGCAGGGAACGAACGAUGCCUUUGGAGGUGGUGGUGGAGCUGCAGAUCCGGGCGAUCUCUUGCCCAGGGGUGUUCCUGCCUGACAAACAAGAUGUGUACCUCGGGGUCUACCUCCUGAAUCAGUACCUGGAGACACACUGCUUUCCUGCUGUGUUCCCUAUUAUGAUUCAGCAGAGCAUGAGAUUUGAAAAGGUAUUUGAAAACGCAAUAGAUCCUGGAGCUGUAGCGGACCUUUUAGAAAGCUUCCUAACCAGGUUUGAAUUAAUACAGCUAGUCCCUCCAGCGUGGGACGAGUUGGCCUAUUAUGAAGAAAACACACGGGAUUUUCUCUUCCCUGAGCCCAAGCUGACACCUUCCCACCCGAGGAUGUGUAGGGAGGUGCUCAUGAAGACGGCUAUAGGUUUUCCAGGCAUUGCUCCCAAAAUAGAGUUUUCUACCAGGACAGCCAUCAGAGAAUGUGUGUUUCUGCAUAGAAACAGAUUUCAUGAAGAAAGAUAUAAAUCACGAAGGCCUUUAUCUACAUCACGUGGACCAACAUUCCCCUUAAAUAAUAUAAAGACAAAGCCAAAGGAGAAUAAUCUCGACAGACUGCCCAAAGGCAUGCAAUCUUGGGCACCCUCUCCCUGCUCUGCCAGACAUUGCUUCCAGGACCAGCCAGUUCAGAUGAACCUUGGAAAUCAUUUCAAAAUCCCUGGAGGAAACAAGCCUCCAUUUGUAGUUAGACAUGUGGACAGCGAAAAGCCCUUCGGUGAGAAUAUUGCGGAGCAUCAUCUGCGGAAGUCUAGAAGAAAAUCUAAGUUUUCAAACUUUCCGUUUCCAUUGAGAAGAGGUACUCGAGUUUCUUGUGACUCUUCUUCUUCUUUUGACAGCCUUGCAGCUAACGUAAAGGUUAUCAAAGAACCAGAUGAACGGAUUGUUUUAAGGAGUGAGUCACCAUCACCUUUAGAUUCAAGUAAGUUUGGAAAGCCCUCACCCAGUAAUCAAGGGGAUGCCCAUUUCCACCGGGAAACUUCGUUUGUCACCACCCAACAUUCCAGCUCUCAAAGCACUCUGGAUCAGCCCCUUUUCCGAGAAAGGUCCCAUCCCAGUUUUGCAUCCACCUGGAAGAAGAUCCAUGAAAGGGUAUGCAGUCUUCUGUCAUCCCACAGAGCUCAGCAGCACCCAAGCAAGGAAGAUUCAACCUCUGAAGUAAAUUAUAUCUGUGAAAAACCAGGCUCCCCUCUGAAGAAAUACUCACUGCAUGAACAGAGAUAUUUUUAAGCUGCUGUCUUUUGUAACACCACCUGUGGUACGUGAUGUUUCCAAUUCUUCAGGGGAAAAUGCAUGGAAGCUGGAGGAGGAUCAUGAAGAGCUCUCUCACCCAGACAACUGACACAUCCUUAGAGAAGUGAGCAACAAUCUUUGUUGUCUGUAUCGAGUCACCAGUGUCUAAUCCCCUUUAAAUCAAACCCUAUACUCAAUCUUUUGUGCCCAUCCAGGUAAGAGUUGUUGAUUAAAAUGCUGUUUGGGGCUCACAA